AUACUUAAAAAUUAGACUUAGGCCUAAUAACAUUCGAAAUACAAAAAAAUCUAAGAUCCUCUUACAAAAUAAUUACAUUCGUUGGGUGUCUCAUAAUAUCUAGCUCUGGCUCUAGAUCUAGAUUUAAUAGCCAAUUAGGUUUAGAUCUACUAGAAAUAUAGAUUCUAUAACAGAUGAUCCUGGCAUCUAUUGAACAAGUCAACACUUAGAUAUUUUUAAACCACUCAAAGCUGCCUAACCAUGGCUCUUUGGAACUCUGUUUCAGAUGUUUUUACUUCUUUAACAACCCACAUACGAAGAUUUGCAUAUGAUGAUUCAACACCAACUGACUUUAAUAGAAGAUUUGGCAAUGUUACUGUAGUUAGCAUUUAUUUAGUGACUUGGAAUGUAAAUGGGAAACCUCCUCCUUCUGACUUCACUGACCUCUUGCAGUUGAACAGAAACCCUCUGCCAGAAAUCUAUUGUAUAGGCUUGCAGGAGAUGGGAGUUCAGAGCUGGGAAUCUGCUUUGAUGGCUGCUUUAAAGCCCUUUGACUAUGUUAAGAUCAAGAGCCGUCAGCUUGUUGGAAUUCUGACCAUUAUGUUUGUGCAUAGAAACUGUUUGCAGCAUGUGACAAGUGUGGAAUCAGAGCUAACUAGAUCUGGUUUAGCAGGAUUUUACGGCAACAAAGGAGCUGCCAGCAUUAGGAUGGAUUUUAUGGGGAUGAAUUUGAUUGUGGUUAAUUGUCACUUGGCAGCACAUAUGGAGAAUGUUGCUGAGCGUCUUAAUAAUAUUGACCAAAUUCUCAGUACACAGCAGUUUCGAGAUCCUGACACAGACAACAUUCUGGAUCAUGACUAUAUCUUCUGGAUGGGGGACAUGAAUUUCCGCAUAGAGGAGACUACAUAUGAAAAAACUCUGGAGCUAAUCGACCUGAGAAAUUUCAAAAAGUUAUACAGGAAUGAUCAGCUCUACAUAGCCAUACAAGAAGGUCUUAUUUUUGAUAUGUUUCAAGAAGGGACAAUUACUUUCCCACCAACAUAUAAAUUUGAUCCUGGGACAGACAAAUAUGACUCUAGUGCUAAGCGAAGGAUUCCUGCCUACUGUGACAGAAUACUCUAUCAUUUUCAUGACACAGCUUAUGGCAAUCUCAAAUUGCAAGCAAAGCUAAUAGAGUAUAUCUGUCAUCCUGAAUAUAAAAUGAGCGAUCAUAAACCUGUUUCUGCAAUUAUUUCAUUCAAAGCUAUUUCCAAAGGGACUAUAAAUCUAAUAACAUUCCGACUUCCUAACAAAGUUUGGAACAAAAAGAAAGAAGAGACUGUCUCAUAUUUAGUUAGGAAAGACUUUAGAAUGAACUCAGGAGAUUGGAUUGGACUAUUUAAGGAAGAUUUUCAAGACUUUGAUUCAUUUGUGACAUAUGUUUGGGCCAACACUAAAACACCAUUGUCUCCAUCACAUCCAGUGUCUGUACAUUUCUCAUCAUACCAACAGAUGAGUUUGAGUGCAGGCAAAUAUGUUCUGUGUUACUUAACUAAGAAAGCAUCAUUGUGUGGAGUGAGUCCACUCAUUGAAAUUGUUUAAUGUCAUCUUAAUAUAGGCAAGAGUCAGCAGCAAUUUUGUCUGUUUGUGGAGUUAUAGGAAUAUUUUUAAAUCUGAUAUUAUAUAUUGUAUUGUAUAAUAAUAACAGCUUGAUAUGUGAGACAUUAUAUUGUUGUAAAUUGAACCAUAUCUCUGUUUUUGUUUUUUUAAAAUCAUGACUAGUCUGUAUAACUGUCUUUUAAAAGACUCAUUUUUAUUGAAUGAUUUUGACUGAAAGAAGAAGCUUUCUAUCAGGAAAUGUAGACAGUCAACACAGAUCUUUGUUUUCUUCUAAGUACUUAGAACUUUAAUUUUUUUUUCUGUAAUGUUGAAAAAUAUUGAAAAUUACAUAGAUAUGUAGUUUAGAAAUCAUCUUGUCAUUUCCCUUGACAUCUUUAAUUUUUUUUUCUCUAUCUAAAGUAAAUACUACUGUUGAGGACUAUAAUACAUAUUUAUACAUAACUCUUUUUUUAAAUUAUAUUUUUACUUGUAAAAAAAUCCUCUCUUGAUGUGAACUUUUGUUUUCAUUAUACACUGUUAGAUAUUAUACAGAGUUUUGGGAUAAUGUGGCCUUAUUUCUCUAUGCUAUGCAUAUGAUCUUCCAAUAAAAUUCUCAAAACUUAUUCUUGUUUUUUUUAUAUAAUUGGGAACAUUUUUUUUAUAUAUAUAUAUUUUAAAACCAUUCUGUAAGCUUGAAAUAACAUUUGUUGGAAUUUGUUUUUCUUUCUAAGUUAUAUUUACAUCUUGAAAAAGGUAUUGCACUAAAAGAGCACAACAAAUCAUGUAGUUUUGUCCUGUAGUGAGCUGUGUAUCAGCUUUAUUGGGCUACUGCGGCUGACCCAGUGGCUUAACAUUUAGUUUUCCUGUUUGUCUUGGGAAAAAGUUAAUGAGAGGGCUCACAUUCCAGAGUAGGAAUUGUUAGAAAUUUCCUUUAAGACUGCUGACAUUUAUUGCACUGAUUUCGUUGUUUUUUUUCAGUGCAUGGUGGUAAGAAUGGAAAACAAAUGCUUAGCAUGAAUGAAACUGUUCCUGUGUACAUUUAAAAAAUAUAUAUAUAAUAUAAAUAAAUCAAACACUUUGGGAAGUAAAUAAAAAAAAUUAUGGACUCAAUCAUUUUAUAAAAAAGACUGAUUAAAAUUAUAACACUGAAACAAAACUUUUAUUGUUUAUUGCUUUUGUUUAAUUAUUGUUUUACUUUUUAAAGAUUAUUAUUAUAUAUUUUGUAAUUAUUCAAUUUUUUGUUAUUUAUUUAUUAUGUUUGAAAUAAUUGUUUGCAUGCUAGAGUUCUGUGCUCCUAAACUUGUGACUGUAUAACUAUAUCUAUAUCUAUUGAUUUUUAAAGAGCUUUCUAUUUGGGCAUAUAUCUCAUACAUAAUUAAACUAAGAAUAUUAUUUUAUUUUGGUCACAGUUGAGUAAGAGCACAAUGUUACCGGAACAAAGACUAGAACAAUGAUAUAUAAUUAUAAAACAUUUUACACUUUUCUCUCUUGCCAUGAUGUAUAUGUUUAUAUUUUUUAUUUGUUUUGCACUUUUUCAGACACAGUUUUUACUCUUCUGGAUUCUCCUUUUUGUUUGUACUUGAGUCUGUUGGUUUUGAAACUGAAUUUCCCCUUGAACAAAUUCUAAGAAAUGUUCAAUUGCUUUUGCCAAGCUUGACUUUUGUCAGUUUUAAGAAUUUUGUCCAAUACUCUCAAUUUAUUCUGCUGCUCUGUUUUAUUCUGAGUGUGAAAGAAAAAUAUUGCACAAAAUUUAUGAAUUGAAUAUACUGGUAUCAUCUUUUUAUUAGAUAUAAAAAUGCGUUGUCCUGAAAAAGUAUUUUCCCUUUUCCCUAUGGUACUAAACGUUGCUUGUGUCUUAGUGUCCAUUAUUGAAAGCAAGAAAUGCUGGGAUGAUUUGUUAGGACACACUGCAAGAUGUUUCCUUGGCUAAGAGUAUCUUUCAAGUUAAUGUAAAAUUCACCUAAAAUAAUUACUGCACUUAUUAAUUUUGACUAGAAGACAAACCUUGUUAUGAUUAAACAUAGUGAAAGCAGCUUCACAUUACUGGCUGCAUGAAAUAUGGACAAUGCUUAUUCCAGAUCUAAUAUAUUUUUAUUUACUUUAAUUUCUUUGGUAUUUGCUGCUUGGAAUGAUCAAGAGGGUUUAUAUAUAUAUAUAUAAUAUAAAUGCUUAUUUGCCAUAUUAUCUUUAUUUAUAUUUUCGUCAUCAUUAACACCUGUCCUUCUAGAAUACUAAAAAAGUAAAGUAAAGUUUCCCUUUCAGACCUUGCCAUCUACAGGGCAGAUGAUGUUAAGGUCAUCUGUUUCUUUGGCCAAUGAUUAAUGAGCAGGGCGUAUGUGGUCAGCACAAUGACCAACCUCCUUUACUUUCCCCAACUAUUGUCAGGUAUCCAUUAGAGUUAGGUUUACUCAGGGGGGCCCUAAAAAUCACAGAAUUAAGGAUCCCAGUCUUCACCAAUAUUCAAACCUAGGAUCCUAUGUUUGGAAGCAAAGUGCUUAACCACUCAGCCACUGCGUCCCCUAGUAUACUUAAACUAUGAUAAAAAAAUGAAUACAUUUUUUAGAAUAUAAGUUUGAAUGAUGUGCUGUCUGAAUACUGAUUUGAUUAUGUAAAUCUCUUCUGUUUUGAAUUGUUCUUUUUUUUUCUCUUUUUAAAAGGGAUCACAAAAUAAAAUCUAUGUUAACACAUUUUACGAUUAUAUGCCUGUUAUAAAAUGUCCAGGAACUAUCUUGUUACAUAUAUUUGUUUGCAUAUCAUAAAGAUUUUGAUAAUAUCUUUUUAAAAAAUAAUGUUGCCUACCUUAUCAACAUAUCUUAUCAAAGGACUAACACAAAUAUGAUCAUCAAAUUAAAAGUCUUUAUAUUACAUACUAUUGCUGGCAGAUGUAUUUAUGAAGUUGCUGCAAAUAAUUGUUUUGUUGUAUGUCGUCUCUAGAAACAGGUCAUAACUUCUAAUCUUUGCACUAGACAACAAAAAACAAGAAAACAAAAAGAAUUUUCAGACAUUUUGAAUUCCAAUAUUACAUUUUCUUUUCAAAAUGAGUGUCUAGAAUAGUGAGACUAGUGAAUGUACAUCAACAUAAUGAAGAGAAAAGUGAAACAAACAAACCAACAUCACUAUUUUUUACUGGUAUUGCUUACAAUAAUUUGAAUGCAUAAUCCUCUUUUAUUUUUCAAUGAAUAAUUAGAACUACAACUUCGGUUGAUAUGAGGCCAUUUAAAAUAAUAAAAUCCUUGUCAAUAAGGGAGUUAACCUAUCCAAACCCUCUCUUUGUUUCCCUUUCUUUGUUACAGUGAAAUUUUGAUAACACAAGUAGUCCUUACUCAGUUAUAAAUACCAAUUUUGUUUUUUAAUUUGCAAUGAAAUCUUGUAGUUUCGCAGGUGGAGCAGCAUAAUGACCUUCAGGUCAUUCAUGUGCAUAUACUAUACUACUGUAUGGUAAAACAACAAUUUCCAAAUCAAUGAAUUACAGAAAGACUUAUUUUUAAAUCACAUACAGCAAAUAUCUGCAGUACACUAACACAAUGUGUACUGUACAUGCAUGCAAAUGUUGUAGAAAUGUACAAGAGAGAAAAUAAAAACAUAUAGGUAGGAAAAAAUACUUAGCCCCUUUUCCAGACAUUACUACAUAUUAGCUUAUUGGCUGUUUGAGCGGAACCAUUGUUAAGUGAGGACUAUGUUUAUUUAUUAUUAAAAUAUUUUUCUGGUAGAAGCUAAUAUUACAGUAGUUCUAGUGAUAAGUGCACCAGAAUUUAAAAUCCACUAUAUUGCUGGUAGUCAAAUUUUUGCUUAAUAAAAAGAAACAGUUUUAGUUUUUAAAGUAUAUUUUAUUAAUGUGCUCUAUUCUGUGCUGUGACAUAUAGUUUUUAUUCACUUAUUUAACAUUUUAAGAAACCACAUUGCUGCUUUUUUAUUUUAUAUACAUUAAUUUUACAUAAAAUAUAAGUAAGCAAACUCUU